ACAUCUAGGUUAGCUUUGUUUACAUUGGGAAGAGGCUUCCCCUCGAUUUCGGAUGGAAUUACCCGUUGCCCAUCUCACUGUUUACAUUUCAAUAGCCCGGCUCCAAGCCUCAUCUGUCGCAUUGAAUCGCAUAGACGUCUGCCUUCUUCUGAAGAUAUUCGACAUAAUACGCUUCACCGCCGAAAGCACAUUAAUUCUUCACUCAUCUCGCGUCACAAUCAAAGCGCAUUGUUUACAAUAAAUGUCGAAAUACAAAAAUUCAACGCUUGCAGGAUUAAUAGAAUCAGAUUCGGAGGAUGAACAUUUGGUAGAGCACAACAUGGCGAAAAAACAAUUAGAAGAUUCUACCGUUGCGAAGAAAGUGCGAGGAAGACCCAAGGCAGCAUCGUCAAAAGUUACAAAAACAAAAGCUCCGGCACGUCGCACCAGUGGAAGGUUAAACGAGAAGACAACACCAGAACCAUCGCCUCAGGCGAAGAGAGGGAAAAGAAGUGUUUUGGUAGACAAGAAUAAUCAGGCGAAUGGUGCUGAAAAGGAGGUGGAGCAAAUCGACGAGACAGGAGACGUCACUAUGGAGGAUGCAGCUUCGGGCGAUGAAUUAGAUGCUGAGGUUAUUGCGGUGAAGCAAUCGAAAGCUAAAGAUACAAAAAAACUAGCUACGGCUCGUGGUAGAGCGACUAAAGCAGUGGCUCUAGAACUAGACGUUGCAGAAGAAACUGUGGCACCCGUGGGCAAAAAAGGCCGACCUGGAAGAAAGGGGAAAGGAAAGGCAGAGGAAGAGCCCGCCCUCGAGCAACAAUCGCUAGAAAAAGUCAUCCAAGAAACUCAAGUACCAGAGGUGGAGAUGGAAAUGGAAGUAGAUAUCGAAGAAGAUUCGAUACUUGCAAAUAGCAUACCUGAAGUUACAAGGAAAGAAUCUCGCCCAUAUAACGACUCUCGACGACGACAAAUAUCUGUUUCGAGGCAUCGGGCUGGCAGCGCAUCGGAUACUGAGAGGAACGAGCCAGCUGUUAGACGCAGACUUGGUGAACUUACAAAAAAGCUUGAGAAUGUGGAAGGGAAAUAUCAGGAUCUUCGGGAGAUCGGGGUCAAGGAAGCCGAAAAAACAUUUGAUCGAUACAAGAAAGCAGCGGAGGAAAAGACAAAAAGUAAAAAGGCCUAACCCCCUCAAUCCGCUAGUUACUAACUUUGAGUAGCCUCAAAUGAACUUAUCGCUUCACUGAAAGCCAAUUUGGCGACUCAAACUUCUUUAGCAAAAGAAACUCGAAGUCUGAAGAAAACAAUCGAAUCGCAAGAUGCAUUAGUGACCAAUUUGCAAGCCCAAAUUAAUCAAUUAGAGUUGGCUUUAUCGGAGGCACAGGUCGAAAAUAAAACCCUAUCUACCAAGCUUGCAGCAAGUCGCAAGAUAACGGCAUCAUAUGAGAGCGCGAAUGUCAAAGUUCCAGGUAGCGCUAUAAAAGCCAAUGGUGGCAUGCGCAUGAUUGGAAGCCAAGAGGCGGCUCAAGCUGCACAAGCCGCUCAAUUGAAAGAAGAUUUAUACAGUGAUUUGACCGGAUUAAUUAUACGGGGGGUCAAGCGAGAGGCAGAAGAAGAUGUUUUUGACUGUAUCCAGACCGGUCGUAACGGCAGUAAGUUUCUCUAUGCCUUGUUCACAUGAUUACUUCAUACUAAAUGUAUAAUAACAGCUCUUCACUUCAAACUGGGUGUUGAAAAUGAAAAAAUGGCAAGCGGUGAUGCAGAUUGCCGAUACACACCACUUCUAGACCCCAGCAGAGAUAAGCCAUUGCUAGAGUUAUUACCAGAUUAUCUUGUAGACGAGAUAGAAUUUCCAAGACCACAAGCUGCUAGGUUUUAUGCACGGAUUACGAGAGCACUCACCGAAAAACCCGCAAGCAUGGGUGGUCCCGUAGAUGAAAGUGAUGAGUAGACUCCAAUUUAUAUCAGGCGUUAAUUGGGUAGCUAUCCUUAGGGGCAAAUGGAUGAGGUGUUUAGGAGUGAGGGAUACAUCUAUCGAGUAUUUGAGGAACAACAGUUUUUAUGAAUUGAUACCUGUCUAUAUGAUACCUAUACAUCUACUAGUUAUUCUUAUUACCA